AUGUGUGUUAGGGGAAGGAACACAAUGUGGAUCCCAAAUACCCAUGAACUAUUCCCUGAGGAUCGGCCAUACGUUGCAGCCAAGUUUCUUGGACAAGAUAUCCCUUAUAUCUUUAACUUGGGAGACAAUAAAACCUCUUAUGGUUACCUCAACAGGCAAUUGUUGAAGGGCAAACGUUACAGGAUCUUCCUUCGAGCCCACGUCUACAUGAUAACCAAGUUGGUGCCAAUGUUCAAGACGAGUGGCAUGUCAAGUUUCCUCUCCUUGGACAUGAGCCCGAUUCCACCGGGUCCGAUUCCGAGCAAGCCUCCAAUCACGACAUAUGUACAUCAAACGAUCACGAGCGAACGUGAAGUCCCCAAAUACUUCACCGAUCUUCAACCAGCCGGAAACGGGAGAUGGACUUGGGUGGUUGUUCCAGUGAUCUUGGCUUUAUCCUCCCGGAAGUGGUUGGUCAAAGAGAAGACACGUUUCGCGAAGAAACUAGUCCAUCUUCUUCGCCUCAUGGAUCUUCUCUUUCGCAUCUUCUCCCCGGUCAUAAUAAAGAUGAAGUUCUUUCACAAAGGAAAAGUGGAGAAAACUCUCCCUUUAGCGAGUCAACAGGGUUAG